CAACACAACGCAAGGAUAAAAUAUAUUAAACUAUGUUUAACGAACAUUAUUUUGUUCAAUGACUUUUAUGAAUAAAAAAAAAAACCACCGAAUAAAAAUUAAUGAAAUAAAAUUCCAUUUUAUACAAACAAAAUGCAAAACGGAAUUAUAGCUGUUAUAAUUUCGAAUAUUUACCAUAAUUCAAAAUGGACAGAUCUAUGCAUGUUUUAAACACGGCUGUCAGUCUUAUCUAAACCAUAUUCGACUAUAGACGUUGAACGUUCUCAACAAAUCAACUUAUACGAAUGACAGACAAUAUUCAUCCGAAUAAGAAAGUUUACCAUAAUUUUGAUGCAUAAAUUGAUAAUCCAACAGCAAAUACCUUCAGUUUUAAUACAAUAUGUCUUUAUCCUCUCAAAACGAUGAAACAGAAUAUUUGAUAAAAAAACGAAAACCAAGGUGUAACCCAAAACUAUUGAAGUGUAUUUUCAUUGCAUUAAUAUUCUGUAAAUUGUCACUGGUUUUUAUUUUAAUUCUAUACAUUUUAAUUAAAAAUGGAAUUCAAUCAGAAUCUAAAGAAGCAUUAAAGUCUAACCUAACAGUGAUUCUUAACCAAAGUAUCACUACACCUUAGUGUAUCGUGAAUUUGGAUUAGAGGCUACGUAGAAUUAAGAAUAUAUAAAGCAUUCAUAUAUAUUAUUAAAGUGUGUACCUAGAGGAUGGCCCGGGAUUAUUGUGAAACAACUAAAGGUGCCACAAACAAUAAAUGCUGAGAAUCAUUGCAGUGAUAAAUUAACAAUAGAGCAACAUAGACUCAACAUGUAGAUAGCUGAGAGCACUUUUAUUAUCGACUAUGAACGCAAUGAGUUUUUAAAAGAUGGUCAAGUAUUUCGAUAUAUCUCCUGUUCGUUACAUUAUUUUAGAACUCCUAAACCUUAUUGGAAGGACAAAAUUCAGAAAAUGAAAGCAGCUGGUUUAAAUGCUAUAUUAACUGGUCCCGGUGCAAAUAUUAUACCUAUUUACCUAUUCGUCAAAAAGACUCAAGGACAAAUACGAUUGUAUCGUUUAAUACACAUCAUAUGAUAUUACAAGAUAUAAAUAAUAACUUAUAAAAGAAACUUAUAAUUUAUUAUUCUUAGCUAUUUACAAAUUCAACUAUUUUAAGCGGGAAUCAAAAAAAAAAACUGGAAUUAAAAUGAACAAUAUUUAUUCUAUUUGAUAGCGUAUAACACGUUAUACGUUUAUUGCAAUAGAUGAAUGCAUAAUUUACAUAUUCUUAUGGCAUUCACAUCUUAACAGCACUCCACUAUACACGUUAAUAGUUCUUCUUAGGAAAAAAUCUUACAACAAAAAGUAUACUUAAAAGAAUAUUUAAUAUUAAAAUUUUACUUUUUAUAAUUUGUACUUAUUUUUUCUUUUAUAAUAUUAAAAUAUCUGCUAUUUUGUUUAAUUAAUUACUCAUCAAUAAUUUUGCUGGAUAAAUUGUUAUUUCAACUAUAAAAUAUAAUAUGGAUUUAUUGUUUCAAAACAACGAAACACAACCGUUGAUAAAAAAACAAAAACAAAAUUGGAAACAAAAACUUUUGAAUCGUCCAUAUAUUGCAAUAUUAUUUGGUUUAUUGUUACUGGUUUUUAUUUUUCUUCUAUACAUUUUGAUAAGAAAUGAAAUUCAACCAGAAUCCAAACAAACACCAAAGACAGCUGAGAGAACUUUUAUCGUUGAUUACGAACGAAAAGAGUUCCUAAAAGACGGUCAAGUAUUUCGAUAUUUAUCAGGAUCGUUACACUAUUUUAGAGUUCCAAAACUUUAUUGGAAGGAUAGAAUUCAAAAAAUGAAAGCAGCUGGUUUAAAUGCUAUAUCGUCUUAUGUAGAAUGGAGUUUACACGAGCCUUAUCCAGGAGUAUACAACUUUGAGGGCAUCGCAGAUUUAGAGUAUUUCCUGAAAUUAGUUCAAGAUGAAGGGAUGUAUUUGUUGCUCAGAACCGGGCCAUUUAUAAGCGCUGAAAGAGAUUUUGGAGGAUUUCCAUUUUGGUUAAUAAAUGUUGUGCCCCAAAAUUGUCUGAGAACGAACGAUCCAAGUUAUAAAUAUUACAUUGCUAAAUGGUUUGAUGUACUUAUGCCUAAGAUUGUUCCUUUUUUAUACGGAAAUGGUGGAAAUAUCAUUAUGGUCCAGGUAGAAAAUGAAUAUAGAGUUACCUAUGCAUGUGACCACCAGUAUAUGAUAUGGUUAAGAGAUUUGUAUCAAAGUUAUAUUAAAUCUAAAGCUGUCCUUUAUACAACCGAUAGCUGUGAAGUGGAUACAACCAACCCCUUGAGUUGUGGUUCUGUAGCUGGUGUUUUUGAAACAGUAGAUGUGCAUGGUUGGACUACAAAUAUUUCUCAAUGUUUUAAACUGCAAGGACCACCAGCAGUAACCGAGUAUCAUACAGGUUUGCCGGGACAUUGGGGUGAACUACCAAAAUCUAACAACAUUACUCAUAUAUUUAUCAAAAACAUGAAAUAUAUGCUGGCUUUGAAUGCAUCGGUUAAUAUUUAUAUGUUUCAUGGGGGUACAAAUUUCGGGUUUACAUCUGGCUCCUACUCAUACAAGAUAGGUGGUUUUUACCCUGUAGAAACCACAUAUGAUUUUAAUUCUCCAUUGAACGAAUCAGGAGAUCCAACUGAAUUGUACUUUGAAAUAAAAAAAUUACUCAAAGAAACUAAUUUUGUAGUAUCAAAUGAUAUAUCACCUAUACCAGCAUCUAAAGGUGAUUAUGGAACACUCACAAUGCAGCCGUUGGUUAGUCUUUUUGAAAAGGUCACUCAACGAAUUAAACCGAUUGAAAGCGAUGUUCCACUAGGAUUCGAAACCAUGGGUAUAAACUCAGGUUUUGUGAUGUACGAGACUAUUUUAACAAACGAUCAAAAAGAAGUCACAACUCCUGUAAACCUUACAAUUAGCACAGUUAGAGAUCGAGCAACUGUCUUCUUAGACCAGGUCAUAGUGAGUAUAAUAUCUCGCAACUAUGAAAAUAAACCAGUGAGCUUGAAUAUAAACAGUAAAGUUCAAAAGCUAAGCAUUCUAAUAGAAAAUCAGGGAAGGUUAAUUAAUUACAGAAAUUCUUUAGUAGACAAAAAGGGUAUUUUGGAACCCGUAAAAUUGGGUAACCAUGUACUGGGUCCGUGGAAGAUGAUAGCUUACCCUCUGAAUGAAACGUCAUGGUUUUCGACCAUAGAACCACGCAAAUCCGUCGUUUUACCGGCAUUUUAUAAGACAACAUUUACGUUACCAGAAAACUUAACAAAACCUUUAGAUACGUUUUUGGACCCUACUGGUUGGAAAAAGGGCGUCGCUUUUGUAAACGGGAUGAAUAUUGGUCGAUAUUGGCCUUCGUGUGGUCCACAAAUUACUCUAUACAUUCCCGGUUUAUUUUUAAUUCCUUAUCCUGGACUAAACAACAUCAUAAUGUUAGAAUUGGAAGGUGUUCCUGAGAACUUGUCAAUAUCGUUAGUUGACAAACCUAAUCUAAAUGGUACUGUACACAAAGAAUUUUGAAUAUAAGUUGAUAUAUCGUUUAUUUUGUUAUUAAAUUAAUAAUGGUUUGAUCAAUAUAGAAUAUUUAUUGUAUGAGUUUAUGUUUAAUUAUUACUAAAUUUUUUUUUAAUAGAUAAUAAUUAUCAAAAUUAUGUUUGUAAUUAGUAAUAGUUGUAUAAUAUUACUACAAUUUUAUUUAACAUUAUUUGUAUGAUAUAUGGGUAUUUAAAUAUUUAAAAAAUAUGUUUAUUCAAAUCAUUUUUAAGACCAAAUGAAUUAAUUUUUCGUACUAGCUACAAAUCGUUUGUUUCAUGUUCAACAAAUUGAAGUUAGUACAUGUGCACUUAAGAUUUAGAAAUAUAUAGCCAAUGGCAAUUUAUUUUUGUUA